ACGGCGCAAUCCGUUAGAUUCAAAGUUUGGUGAAAGGCUGUCCGUGAAAGGCGGUUCAUUGUGAGAAUGUCCAACGAUAAAAGUCCGUUGUCUUUUCCAUGGUAGGAGCGAUCGCCCUCCACAACAAUGGAUAUUAGUGAGCAGGGCCCCAGUGCCCGAUGCCUUGUUGCGGAUCGAAUGAAAGUACAGGCUGGCUCCUGCGGCCAGGAUGCUGUUGGAAAAGAUGUUGACGCUGGUUUGCGGCGGGACUUGGAGCUUCUGAGAGCGGCAGGCAAGGAAUCGCCGUUACCAAGACCGAUAGGAGUCAGGCAAACCGUGAAACAUUUAUCGAACGAGUUCCAAGGCUUGUACGAGGAGAAACUGAAGCAGCUGCGGAAUAAAGAUGGAAGUAAAGGUACCCUAAAGUUUUCUUCCCUUAACUUGAGGAGUAUUCCAUUGGAGCAAGUUGCAAAACAUUGUUGUUCAACUGAAAAGAAAUCAGAAGAGACAUCAAAGUCCCACUCGGAAAGCUUGAAGUCCCAUUUCAUAGCAGGCGAUCAGAUAAUUCAAAGGCCUCCUGUGGAACUGAAGGAAGUGUUAAGCGACAGUCGUCCAAGUAAGGCCGAGGUUCAGAAGAAGAAAGUCACCAUUUUUGACCUGAAAUAUCUAAUGAAACAACUUCAACAGCAGCACAAUGAAACAGUGGAAGAAAAUGGACGCUUACGAGCACGACUUGAAGCUUGGAUGAUCACGGCGCAAAGUGAACAGGAUGUCCUUUCAAAUGAAGUCUUUUGUAAGGAAGAUGUAAUCCAUAAACUAAGAAUGAAGCAACUUACUCAGGAUGAAAAAUCUAAAAUAUUAGAGGAACAGAUUGAACAUCAAGAGAGGCAGAUGGAGCAACAACAUCAGAAAUACAUAGCUUCAGUUAACAUUGUUGAAAAGCAACAGCAGAUGAUUCAUUCUCUAGAAAAGGAUCUUCAAAAUGCCAUGAUUGCAGAAAAGGAAAUGGCUGUUCAGGUGGCUCAGCGUGAAGCAACCAUUAAACAUUUGCAAAUUGAAUCAUCCUCAUUGAGUUCAGCGCAAGAAUUGAAUGAUCAAACAAUUGCACAUAAAAGGCAGAUUAUUAGAGAGCUACAGGAAGAAAAUGAUACACUGAAGCAGAAAUUGAAAGCAACAUUAUGCAAGGUAAAUGAAAGUGAAGAACAAGUUUACAGUCUGAACUUGGAAACAAAUACAUUGAAGAUAAGAUUGGUGGAAAAGACUGAUCUUGCUCAAAGUCUGGAAGAACAAAUUCUCAAACAGCAUGAGUCCUUAAACAGGGUGAAUGAAACUCUUAGGAAUACUAAGAAGGCAGCUGGUAAUAAGAUUCAUCAGAAGGAAAACAAAUUGUAUGCUUUGCAGAAAGAGUUAGAGGAGGCUCAAAAGCAAUACUCAGCCUGCUAUGAGGAGUUGCUCCACAGAGAAAAACUCAUGCAGAAGUUAAGAGAAGAAGCUAUGCAGUUGACAGACCAAAUAUCACAGCAUUCCCAGGAUAUCAGCAAGCUCAGCACUGAGAAGCAGGAAAUAGAACUGGAAAUGGCAGUAAUUGCUGAGAAGCAUAGAACUGCUCAACAAGAGGUCAUUAAUAGAGAUCAAAUUAUUCUAAAAUUGAAGACAGACUUGAAAACUGCACAGGAGAAAUAUACAAGUUCACAGGACGAACUCAGUGUUCAGCAAGGUGAGAUCAACCAACUAAAUGAGAAAUUGAAAGAUCUGCAGAAUGAAAUUUGUAAACAAAAGGUUAUUGGCAAUGAACAAGAAAACCUCCUGAGCCAAGCUGAAAAGUCUAUUCAAGAAUUUGCACAUGAACGGGAAAUGCUCAUGCAAGAGAUACAAGCCAAUAAAAAUAACAUAGCACAAUUGCAGAAUGAGUUGGAUAUCGCAAAGCAAUCUUGCAAUUUUGAUUUGGAACGAUGGUCACAGAAGAAUGUUUUGUUGCAAAAGGAGUUGGAUUCAACUAUUGUUGAAUUGCACGAUAGUCUUAGCAAAGUACAAGAGUACAAGACGAUUGCAAUGCAACUCAAAGGAGACUUGGAAAAAGCAAAUCAUCUUCAUUGUGAGGCUGCAAGGCUAGCUGAACAACAUGAAGAUGUUAUCCAAAAACAGAAUGAUGAGAUUUUGCAUUUAAGAGAGCAGAUUGAUCACUUAAACAAUGAAAAUACACAAAGUCACAAUCAAGCAAAAGCUUUUGAAUCUGCUACAGACCUGUACAAGCAGAAAUACCAAGAGCUGGAGAAACUUUUGCAGAGCUUUGAAGAAGAAUCAAAAUAUUCAAGUAAUCAGAUAUUUGAGCUGAAUGAUACAGUCCAUAAGUUAAAAGAUGAAAUGAUGACCUUGCAACAUCGAUAUGAAGAAAAGUGUAGCCAAAUUGAAACUUGUGAAGAAAUGAUUGAUCAACUGUCAGAAGAGUUGAAUGCAAGUCAAGAGAACUUACAGAAAAACAAAGACCACACUGCUCAGUGUGAACAAUUGAUUGACAUAUUAAAAGAUAAGGUCCAGAAAAUGCAAAGAGAGAUUACUGAUCAAGAAGACGCAAUACAACAACUUCAAUCAGACCUGACUCAGUGUCAAAUCAGCCAUCGUCAUUCCAAUGAAGAGUAUAAUACGCAGACUAGACACAUUGAAUAUUUGCAGAAGGAACUUGAAAGUGUGAAAAAUGUUUGCAAUGAAAAGAUUAGUCAAGUUGAACAAUAUGAGCAAACCAUAUUUGAUCUCAGGACAGGAAUAGCAGAAUCUUCUGACCAGCAAAAGAGCUAUCUAGAUGAAGUGGAAAAUCUUCAAAAAACUUUGAAAACCCUUCAACUGAGUGGAACAGCUUCUGAUCAUAAGCAUAAACUAGAACUCGUACGACUGCAGCAACAGAUUACCCAACUUGAAAAUGAUCUUAGAGAUUCACAGAUAGCUUGCAACCAAAAGAAUCAGGAAAUAUGGAAAAGAGAUGAUCUCCUGCAGAAGACAGAGGCUGAUCUUCUGCAGUCUCAAGAAAAUCUCAAAAUGAAGGUAGGAGAGCUUGAAGCUUUGGAUAACAUAGCCAAGAACCUGAAAGCAGGAAUACAAGAAUUACAGAAUCACAAGAAACAGAUUGAUAAAGAAAAUGCAGCACUGAGAACCGAGAUCCAGCAUCUAAACCACGAGCUACAGGAUAUUCAGCAACAGUUCAGAGAGAAAGCUCAAGAGCUUGCCAGUCGAGAACAAAAGCUGAUUUUAAUGGAGUCGAACUUACAAACCACUGAGAAGCAGCUCAAUGAUCAGAUAACUGAGGUAGUCCAUCAAGAGCAAAGGCAACACAAAUUACAUACUGAACUUGAAACACUUAAAAAGCACCUUGAAACUACCAAUGAAGAGAUUACCAAGUACAAACAAAUUGAAGGGGAGCUAAAACACAAACUGAAUCUGAAAAAACAGCAAGAACAACAGAAUUUCCAGGAAAUCCUGAAGCAUCAGCACGAUAAUCAGAAGGCAGUGUUGGAACUAACCAUUGCUAAAGAUCAGGUCCACAUUCUGCAGCAAAAGUUUCAACAGCAAGACGAUUUAGUAAGGACUUUACGGGAUGAGCUUAAUGAGGAACAGAGCCAGUAUCAGAAGCAACAAAGGCACCUGGUUAAAUUAAAGCACCACACAUCUGAAUUAGAAACUGAAGUGGAUAAUCUCAAAAUUAAUCAAAAAAGUGAAAUGCAGAUGAUUGAGGACAAGGAAAAUCAUAUAUCUGCACUGGAGGAAGAGUUGAAACAGCUGCAAAACAAAUAUCAGAGUGUCUGUGAGGAGUUGAUGAAAGAGAAAAAUUUUCAAUUCAAGAUGACUACAGCUGAGAAAAAGUCAAAAAGCCACCCUGAAGAGAUACAAGAAUAUGAAGAGAGACUAAGAGAACUUAGUGUUCAGUUGAACCAAGCACUAAGAAAAAACAAGGAAAUUAUCAAAGAUUUGGUCACUAAAGAUGAACAGCUGAUUAUGUAUGAAAAGGAGAUGGCUGCUUUACGUGACAAGUUGCAAGAAAACAUGGCGGAGUUGGAGGCUCAAAAACAGGCUUUGGAAGCUGUGCAAAGAGAUAAUAAUUGGUUCCACAAGGAAAGUGAGUUAAUGGUCUCAAAUGUCAAUAAAUGGAUCACAGAGCAAGGGAAGGCAAAUGAAACUUUGAGUGCAAAAAUCAAAGAGCAAAAUCAACUUGUCUCCCACUUAACAACAGAUAAACUUCUCUUACAGGAAACCAUUGAUGGUUUGAAUCAAGAAUUGAAGAAAGUUAGAACUGAAUUAGAAGAAAAGAAAACUUAUACAGAACAAAUACGGGCAUUACAGAACCAUUCUGCCAAUCAGCAGAUACUGCUCAAUCAAUUCAGAGGUCUUUUGGAAGAUCAAGAGCAUGAACAUGAGAGUCUUAUAGCCGAAAAACUUUCAACUAUUGAAGACAUGCACAACCGAUUGAAGACCAGUAUUCAAUCAAUACAAUUGUUGAAUCAACAGUUAAACAUACUCAACAAAGAAAACCUAAAACAGCAGCAAGAUUUGGAAGAAGAGCAGAUCCAGCGUCAUCAACUUGAACUGCAGUCAGAAGCCUUCAAACAGAUCAUCUGUUCACUGAGGAGCCAACUGAAGGAUCAACAAUACCUGUACCAUCUACCGAGCCAGAAAGUAUCUUUACCUGAGGGGACUAUGGUUUCUGAUCCAGCCAAACUUCUAAACUGUUCCCAAGGACUUGAACAAAAACCAAGCAAAGUUUCUUCAACAGCGAGAGUUGAAGAUGUAACCAGAGAGGAGCUUGAAAAAUCAGUGAUUACUGAUCCAAUGAUACCAGACAAUUCUUACUGGAUCCAACGAGUUGGAGAGCUUUCUGCUCGGCUAGAAGUGAGCACUGAAUACUGGACAGACAAAAUGAAUGAUCUAACCAAGCAAAAUGAGCAUGUUACUUCAAGUUCUGCAAAGAAAUAAGGAUUUCUGAAUUAUCAGGUUCAACAGAUAUUUGAGAAAACAAUGGUAAUUAAAUGUUUCCUUGAAUAGGGAUUUUUUAUAUUCAUAACAAUCUAUUAAUAUGAAUAAGCUAAUGCUGGUGACUUAUAUAACUACUAGUAAUCUAAAAUUUGCAAGAAGUAUUUAUUGAUUACAGAAUUAGAACAGAAUAUGUGGAGGGAAAACAAAAUAAUGAAAGUUGAUAAACAACAGUGUGUUUACUACUGAAAGAAAACGAUGAAAGGAAGCUGAAGAAAUAUUAUAGAUUCUGAAUAAUCAAAACUAGUAGUUUUCAGACUAAUAGUAUUGGUAUUAAAAAAGCCUUGAUUUACUAUUUUUUUUCUGAAAGGCAUCCAUUUUUCUGACCUCUCUAUAUCAUGUGCAGGUGAAAUAUGGAAGGCGUUUCAACAGACUGUUAGUUUUAUUUCUGCUUAUCCACUGAUUGUCAUUACAGCUGACUCAACAUCUUCACAACAGCCAUGACAGCUGAAGGAUAAUAGGUCUUCGUUCAAUACAGGACUCUGCAUAUUUAAACAACGGUGAAUAUGUAGGGUCUUGUCCAACCCAUGACAGUCUGUUACUAAAUUUAUGUUGUGUAGAUAAGAUGACAUAUUUCGCUUUCUUUGAAAACACUUCUUAAAGGAUAUGAUUGAAAUAAAAGCUAAUGAUUUGGUGAAUAAAAUGCAUUUAACAUUCCGUUGUUUAGUCUCUUGAUUGUAGCUGGCAUGAUUCCUUUUCAAUGAGGAUGGAACAUCUGGAAAUAACAUGUUAGUGUCAAGCCAAAUGGUUACAAUUUUAUCUACAGAACACCGUGCAGUGAGAGAGAUUACCAGACUGAGGAGAUUUCAAAGUCAUUCUUAUACAACAUCUAAAAUGUUGUAUGGAGAUUGUAAUUUUAAAUUGUCAAUUCACU